UUCUCAUCAUUGUUUUUCCUUCUUCUCUUUGGAGUUGUUGGCUUGGUGUCAGUGAUGGCUUCUGCUAUUGGGAUAGAUGUUAAUGGAGAAGAGAGCUUCUUUGUAGAUAAGCAAGUUCUUUCACUGUUUUCAGGGAGGUUGAGGAAGUUAUUACAAAAACCAUCAGAAUCAGGAGCCAUAGAGACAGUGAAUCUUAUACUCCAUGGCUUUCCAGGAGGUGCAGAAGCAUUUGAGCUCAUAACGAGGUUCUGUUACAACAAUGGCAACUUUCAGAUAAAUCCCACAAACACUUGCAUUCUCCACUUUGUUGCUGAUUUCAUGGAGAUGACUAAUUUGAUGAAACUGACUGAAAAAUCUCUAGACUGCAUCCUUUACUGGUCAUGGUCUGAUGUUUUAACUGCAUUGAAACAAUGCCAAGAUUGCUUUGAGGCAGCCAAUUCCUCAGGGGUGCUUGAUAAGAUCUUAGAUUCUCUAGUUGGAAGGAUUAUGUCAGCCAGUGAGACUAGUCCUUCAGGUUUCUCUCCUGAGAGCUCUGCUCUUCGCUUCUCAUGCGAUACGAGAAGCACAAUUAGUACGAAAAACGGCUGCAACCUUGCAUGGUGGUUUGAAGAUCUUUCAGUUCUGAAUUUUGAUACAAUUAACAAGGCUAUCAGUUGCAUGGUUUCAAAGAAGUUAGAGCAUGCAUCAAUAAGCAGAUUUCUUUUUUACUACCUCAAGCACCGAUACCUCAAUGCAACAUCUGAUGAGAAGAGACAAGCCACUGAAAUUGUUGUUGAUUUACUGCAUUCUCUUGAUAACAAGUGUGUUUCUUGCAAAGGUUUGUUUGGAAUUCUGCCAGUCUCUUCAUCACUGAAUGUCAGUAAAUUAUGCAGAAAUAGAUUGGAGAGCAUGAUUGGCAGUCAGAUUGAUCAUGCAACAUUGGAUAAUCUGCUUGUUCCAGCUCCUUAUGGGAUGAUGAACAACAGUCUUUAUGAUGUUAAUCUGAUCUCGAGGUUCUUGAAGUAUUUUCUGAAUAACAGUGAAUCAAUAUCGGUUUCCCGAUUGAAAAGGCUCGGAAGCCUGAUGGAUUCAUACAUUGCAGAAAUUGCUCCAGAUCCCAGUUUGAAACCUUUAAAAUUUGCUGCAAUCACCACUGCUUUGCCAGAUGCAGCAAGAGAUUCUUAUGAUGCUGUUUAUCAAGCCAUUGACAUGUAUCUUCAGGUUCAUCCUCAGUUAUCAGAGGAAGAGAAGGUGAAGAUCUGUUGUGGUAUAAAUUUUGAGAAGUUAUCAUCAGAAUCAUGCAAGCACUUGACUCAGAGCUUAAAAUUUCCAUCAAGAACAGCAAUUCAAGCUCUCAUCUUCCAAAAUUCAAAGCUGAAAAGCCUGCUACAAAACACCACAAACAACAACCUGAAAAAGUUCAGCAGACACAGUGCUGACAAUGAGCAGCAUGUCAAUCUUCAUGCAAACAGACUGGAUCUCUCAAUGGAAAAUGAGAAGCUAAAAUCUCAUCUUCAAGGUAUGCAAUGCAGAGUAAUGGAGCUGGAGAAAGUUUGCAGAAAAAUGCAGACACAACUGACACAAGUCAAGAAAACCAAAUUAUCCAGUUCUUCAACUGCAGGAAGAUCACUCCCAAGACUUUGUUCAUGAAUUUUUCUCCAAAUUAAUCCACAUAUAAUGUUGUACAGCAACUGGAAAUGUGUGUAUUUGUGUGAGAAUUAAAGUUGAAUGUAAAAAAGGGGAAAAAGAAAAGAAAAGAUGGUGAUCAUCCUGACAUUAAUUAGUUAAAUGUAUUACUUGGAAUGAAGGAGAAGAUCUCAGAGGACACUGAAGCAUGUGGUAGCUAAAUGUCUCCUAAAUAUAAUAAAGAGGUAAAAGACUUGGUCAGAGAGCAGUUGACUUGUUGAUUAAACUAAAACUAUGUCCUUU